GCCUACAGUGAGAGGUGAAACCAAGAUGGCGGUCGCGCAGUGACUGAGGCUGAGAGAGAAGGGCACGAACGGCCAGCGCCUCAACCACCCGACCCGCCCACUGAGGGAUUCCGCUCCCUUGCCGGGUACUCGGAGCAGAGUGGGCGGUGCGGAGCGAGCGAGGGAGCUUGGUCUAAGACUCAACAGCAGUAAGAGGAGCGGGAGCAGGAAGAACAUGGCGGUAGCGACGGAGGAGUCAGGCUGGGAGUUCAGUCGUCGCAGCUCGUGAGGGGAGCUCAUGGAGGAGACAGGGCGCUGAGACUGCCUGCGUACCCGGCCCUCAGGGCCUGCUUCCUCUCCCCACCCCCAUCCAUCCAGGCAGGCAGACAGCGUUCCUCGCCGCCAGCUUAGGCCGCGGCCUUUUCUGCGAAGAAGGGGCGGCUCCGUCUCGAUCCCCUAGUCUGAUCAUCGGAGAGUGAAAGAAGGGGCUUCGGGCCUGGCAGCGCCUUGCACAAUAGGGCCGGGCAGAGGACGGACCGAUCCGCUCUUUCUGCAUCCCUUUUUCACCUUUGCAACCCCAUGUCCUCCUGUCACCCUUGGUCCCAAUUGCGCGUCCUCGACUCUCCUACUACGGAUUUUCUUCCCUGUUUCCUGGCAGUUUUAUUUUUCAUUUGGGGGGCCUGUUGGUGUGACCAGUUGAUCCUUGCCACUUACCUUUCCUGUCACUGACCUGCCUGCUUUCUUUCUCCCUCCACCCGCUGCUUGCGCUCUGUCAGUUCACCACAGAUCUGCCCCCUUACUAGAUACCAGCCUUCCUGGCAAAUUCUGGCUCUGCGGGUUUUUUUGUUUUCGCUUUUAAUCAUUUGUAUAAUGCGGAACCCUCUCUAGCUGCCCUUUCCCAAUUUUACACCAUUCUUUUCAUUCUCUCCACGUUCUGUUUUUUACUCUCAACUCUAGCAUUGCUACUUCCUGUUCUGUUGCAUUCUGCAAGGCAGCUGCUGUUACUGCUUUCCUGAAGAAGUUCUGUGCUCCCAUAGCACUGCUGUCCCCAUUUUGCUUUGGCUCCCUUUUGGGGAAGAUGUGGCAGCUACUCUAGCAGUGGCAAUAAAGAAAACUGUUUAGGACACAGUGGGGGACUUUUACUCUCUUUCCUGCUCCCCUUUACUGAGGGGGGCAAAGCCCCCACAUACACCUCCAGUCAAUCAACUAUUGUAGGGCCCUGUGGUGUGGGAAGAGACAGGAUGACUGAUACCCGGAGAAGGGUGAAGGUUUAUACUCUGAAUGAAGAUAGACAGUGGGACGAUCGAGGUACUGGACAUGUGUCCUCUGGCUAUGUGGAAAGGCUGAAGGGCAUGUCCCUGCUUGUCAGGGCAGAGAGUGAUGGUUCUCUUCUUCUGGAAUCCAAAAUCAAUCCAAAUACAGCUUACCAGAAGCAACAGGACACACUGAUUGUGUGGUCUGAAGCAGAGAACUAUGAUCUGGCACUUAGCUUUCAAGAAAAAGCUGGAUGUGAUGAAAUAUGGGAAAAAAUAUGUCAGGUUCAAGGGAAAGACCCGUCAGUGGAUAUUACACAGGAUAUGGUGGAUGAAUCUGAAGAGGAACGCUUUGAUGACAUGUCAUCCCCAGGUCUAGAGUUGCCAUCUUGUGAAUUAAGUCGACUAGAGGAAAUUGCAGAACUUGUGGCAUCUUCACUGCCUUCUCCAUUGCGGCGAGAAAAACUUGCUCUAGCACUGGAAAAUGAGGGCUAUAUUAAAAAGCUCUUAGAAAUUUUUCAUGUGUGUGAGGACUUGGAGAACAUUGAAGGACUACACCAUUUGUAUGAAAUUAUUAAAGGAAUCUUCCUUUUGAAUAGAACUGCACUUUUUGAAGUCAUGUUUUCUGAAGAAUGUAUAAUGGAUGUAAUUGGAUGCCUAGAAUAUGAUCCUUCUUUAUCACAGUCACGGAAACACAGGGAAUUUCUGACAAAAACUGCAAAAUUUAAAGAAGUUAUUCCAAUAUCUGAUCCAGAGUUGAAACAAAAAAUACAUCAGACAUACAGAGUACAGUAUAUUCAAGAUAUGGUUCUACCUACUCCUUCAGUGUUUGAGGAAAACAUGUUAUCAACUCUUCAUUCAUUCAUCUUUUUUAAUAAAGUAGAAAUAGUUGGUAUGUUACAGGAAGACGAAAAAUUUUUGACAGACCUGUUUGCACAACUUACAGAUGAAGCUACAGAUGAGGAGAAAAGGCAAGAAUUGGUAAACUUUCUUAAAGAGUUUUGUGCAUUUUCUCAAACAUUACAACCUCAAAACAGAGAUGCUUUUUUCAAAACGUUGUCUAACAUGGGCAUUCUUCCAGCACUAGAAGUCAUCCUGGGUAUGGAUGAUGCACAAGUGCGAAGCGCAGCUACUGAUAUAUUUUCAUAUUUAGUUGAAUAUAACCCAUCUAUGGUACGAGAAUUUGUCAUGCAGGAAGCUCAACAGAAUGAUGAUGAUAUCUUACUCAUUAACCUCAUCAUAGAACACAUGAUUUGUGAUACAGAUCCUGAACUUGGAGGAGCAGUCCAGCUGAUGGGUCUAUUGCGUACCUUGGUGGAUCCAGAGAAUAUGCUAGCUACUGCCAAUAAAACAGAAAAAACAGAAUUCUUAGGGUUCUUUUACAAACAUUGUAUGCAUGUCCUCACUGCACCGUUAUUGGCCAAUACUACAGAGGACAAGCCUAGCAAAGAUGAUUUUCAAACAGCCCAACUAUUGGCCUUGAUAUUAGAGUUACUAACGUUCUGUGUAGAACAUCAUACAUACCAUAUAAAGAACUACAUUAUUAAUAAGGAUAUCCUUCGAAGAGUGCUAGUUUUGAUGUCUUCAAAGCAUGCUUUCUUGGCACUAUGUGCCCUGCGUUUUAAAAGAAAGAUAAUUGGGUUGAAAGAUGAAUUCUACAACCGCUAUAUAAUGAAAAGCUUUUUGUUUGAGCCAGUGGUCAAAGCAUUUCUCAACAAUGGAUCCCGUUAUAAUCUGAUGAACUCUGCUAUUAUUGAGAUGUUUGAAUUCAUUAGAGUGGAAGACAUAAAAUCCUUAACAGCUCAUGUAAUUGAGAAUUACUGGAAAGCACUAGAAGAUGUAGAUUAUGUGCAGACAUUCAAAGGUUUGAAAUUGCGUUAUGAACAACAAAGGGAAAGACAAGAUAAUCCCAAACUUGACAGCAUGCGUUCCAUCUUGAGAAAUCAUAGAUAUAGGAGGGAUGCAAGGACCUUGGAGGAUGAGGAAGAGAUGUGGUUUAACACUGAUGAAGAUGAUAUAGAAGAUGGAGAGGCUGUGGUGCCACCCUCUGACAAAAGUAAAAAUGAAGAAGAUAUUAUGGAUCCUAUAAGUAAAUUUAUGGAAAGAAAAAAAUUUAAAGAAAGUGAAGAAAAAGAGGUCCUUCUGAAAACUAAUCUUUCAGGUCGCCAGAGCCCAAGUUUUAAACUUUCCUUCUCUAGUGGUACAAAGGCUAAUCUCACUAGCCAGUCAUCUGCAAGUAAUUUGCAUGGGUCUCCUGGGUCACCAGGUUCUCCUGGGUCACCGGGAUCUCCUGGAUCGGUUUCUAAAAGCACAUCGCAGAUGGCAGCUAUAACUACCAAGGGAGGUCUAGUGGGCCUUGUAGAUUAUCCUGAUGAUGAUGAUGAGGAUGAUGAAGAAAGCCUACCUUUGUCACAGAAAGCAAAACUAGAGUCCUCAUAAUGACAGCUCUGAAAAUUGAAAUUGGUUGGGGGAUAAACUAGGUUUCCAGAUGGGAGAAUUAAAAACUGUAAUUUCUAGUGAAUUACUGUGUGAAACACAGAUCAACUUUUAAAACAAGGAUUUCUGCUAGUCAAGUGCCAAUUUGAAGGAGCAGAAGAAGAGGAAAUACUACACUUUAUGGAAAAGACAUGCCUUUAACCUCUCCAGCUUGGACCAUGCAUUGCCCUUUUCUCAGGGAAGGAAACGGAUAUAUAUAAAUAUAUAUAUAAGUAUAUAUAAGUAUAUAUAUAUAUAUAUAUAUAUAUAUAUAUAUAUAUAA